AAUGUUCUAACGUAUAAACGGUGUCGUUAAGCCUUUCCUUCCCAUAAAAGGACUAAACUUUUCAUUCUAGGGUUUCUAUCCGCAGGGUUUCCAUCCGCAGCUUAGAGCCUGUAGCCUCCGAGCUCCGAAGUCGUGAAAAUGCCGUCACACAAGACCUUCAUCAUCAAGAAGAAGCUGGCGAAGAAGAUGAGGCAGAACAGGCCCAUCCCUCACUGGAUCCGGAUGAGAACCGAUAACACGAUCAGGUACAACGCGAAGCGCAGGCACUGGCGCCGCACUAAGCUAGGGUUUUGAGGUGGAAGAGCUGAUUUAAGUUUGAACUCUUAUGAAUUGUUAUUAUUUUUAAGUUUGAUUUGGCAAGACUUGAAACUAGAAAUUACGUUUUGGAACUUCUAGAGGAGUUGUUUAGAAGGGAUUUUUUAUGAUAUUGUUGUUCAAUUUUCAGUUUAUUUUGAUAUUCGAAUUGAUGGUUUAGGUUUUGUUCUUCUUUAA